AUGGCCGCCACGACGCCGUCCUCCUACACGAUGCUGCGCGAGCCGGACCCCCGCGUCGAGUUCUACCACACCGAGACUCCGGUCCCGGGCACCAAGACAACCUUUGCCGACUCGUCGGGAAAGCUGCCCGUGCUGCUGUUCCAGAGCGGGUACGGCCACAGCAGCGACGGCCACGCGCCCUUCCUGGAGCGCAUCGCCGCUGAAGGCUGCUUCCUGGUGAUCGCGCCCGACCGGUCGGACGACCAGCAGUGCGGCGCUCUCGGCAUUCUCGGCUUCCUCAACUUUGUCUCCUGCAGCGCGGUCACCACGGACGGCUCCAACCUGGCGCUCGCGCUGUCGUAUGCCAAGGACGACCAGAACCAGUGGAUGGAGCGCGCCGACCUCUCCAAGGUGGCCAUGGCGGGCUUCAGCAUGGGGGCGGCCGAGGCAAUCAACGCGCAGGCGCGCCUUCCGAGCGAGACCAAGGCCCUGCUCCUCCUCUCCCCCUCCAUCCUCGUGCCCGCCGCAAACGUCAUUGCGUGGAACUGCUGCCUCCAGCCGAUCACCGGCGGGCAAUGCUUCCUCUGCUCCGACACGCCCGUCGGCCCUUGCGGGACAGGCCAGGCGUUACGCCAGUCGGCGGUGCCGGCGUUCGUCCUUAGCUCGGAGAACGACAUGCUCCGGAGCGGCGUGUCCCGCGCUGCUGACAUCCUCGGCGAGCGGGACUGCUACGGAAGUCCGCUGUACGGCGCGUCACGCCACUUUGCGCUCGCCGACGACGUCGACGCCGUGAGCAGCGCACCGGUGGCCGCCUUUCUGAAGCAGCAGUUCUGCGGCGGCGCGCCGCUGCAGGGCAGCGACACAAUGGUUGAGGGCAGGCUCAACUCAAAGGCGGGCGCCGGCGCGUCCACGACACGGUUCUUUGUGGGUGUGGUCGGCGACUAG